AUGGUUCUACUCACCAAAAUCGUGCUGCUUUUUGCAGUCGUGGUUGGAUUGGGGUUCGCCAACAACACCACUGACGAUGCCAGCGUCAAAUUCUCAAAUAUCACCAAAGACGAUGUCGGCAAUCCCGCUACCUCGAACAUCUCAUCUGACUCUCAGAACGAAAUCUCCGAUGCUGUCAACGACCCUCGGGCUGUUUCAAACACUCCUGUUCCCUCAAUUGCUGAUACUCAGACUGCAGUGUCUGUCGACAACGUUCCACAUACUUCUGAACUUGAAGGGAUCUGUUCCAACGAUCAAAUCUGCUUCUCACAUCCGAAAGGCUGUAAUUUGGAAGAUUGUGAUGUCAUUCUGUCGUUGGGCAACGUCUCUUUUAUCUAUGUGGACAAUUUUAACUUCUUGGAAAUGGUACAUAUAUAUUGCUCGGAUAACGGAGUACAAGACGAGCGCGUUAUUCUGAUUAUACAAUCGACUCCUCAUGCGUUGGUUGUAAAUGAGCCGUAUGGAAUAACGUACAUCACGACAGCAAAGUUCACUAUGAAUUUAACGGUUAUAAAUGAAGAAAAAGGACAAUACCUCUACACUUCUCCCGGUUUAUUAUUUAAAACUGGUGAAAACAUCACAUACGCCAUCAGAUACCAUGAAGCAGGCAUGAACGAUGCAAGCAUCAGAAGAGAACAACUGUUCUUUGUGAAGGAGUCAACAAAGCCAAAAGAAUUCAGAGAACAUGCAGCUACCUUACCGUAUGAAAUUCGUUUAAACUACAAUAGAACAGAAGAGAAUCAACAGAAGAAAAUUGAUCAAGUUGAGGUUGUCAAUCUCAGAGCUAAGAAGGAGUCACCAAUCAAGACAGUAGAUUUUUAUACCGUCUGGAGGAACAGAAUGAUUUUUAUUUAA